AGUACCUAUUAAAAGUAAUUUGAGGACCUGCACCAAACCGGCAGCCAAUCAAAUACGAGAAAUUUCGUGAACUCUUGCGCGGACACAAGGCACUUCCUCUUUCAAGCCAACCUCACCAAGAUGGCACCGAAAAGGCAGACUGUUGUGAAAAAGAAUAAAAAGGGUGCUUGCUGGAAGUUCACCCUGGACUGUACUCACCCUGUGGAGGAUGGGAUUCUCGACUCUGCCAACUUUGAAACCUUUCUGAAAGAGAAGGUGAAGGUUAAUGGCAAAACAGGCAACCUGGGAAAUGUAGUGCAAAUUGUGCGUCAGAAGAACAAGAUCAAUGUCACAUCAGAGAAGCAGUUCUCUAAAAGGUAUCUUAAGUACCUCACAAAGAAGUACUUGAAGAAGAACAACCUGCGAGACUGGCUGAGGGUGGUGGCUUCUGAUAAGGAAAGCUAUGAGCUGCGCUACUUCCAGAUCAGCCAAGAUGAUGAAGAAUCUGAUGCCGAUGAAUAAAGCUCUGUCUUGAAAUAUGUUUGAUGGGUGUAUCAAGGUCCUGUAUAAGCUGUCACAUCUUCAAAUGCAGGAUUACAUGUUUUGAUAUCUGAUUGUAAAUAAAAAGAUACACACAGAAA